GGGCAUGAGGAGCCGGCGCGCCUGGAGGAGCCGAGCUGGGCGAGACCCCCGCAGCCUAUAGCAUCUUCUAUCACUAGGUCCAUGAUGGAAUAUGCCAGUUCUGUCUUGCUUGCAUCUAUUAGUUUUCAAUACAUUGCAGCAUUUCAUGACAAUGGGACUGCAUCAUCUAAUGGUACAACAACAAGUCCUCCGGAAGAUACCGAUCCAUCACAGCACCUAUUGACUUCAAUGCUGAUCCUGAUUCUGGUGUUCAUAAUUUUAAUUCUUCUAGCCGGCUAUUUCUUCAGGUUCAGGAAACACAGAAAAGCAGUUGUGAACUCUAGUGAUAAAAAAAUGCCAAAUGGAAUCUUAGAAGAACAAGAGCAGCAAAGAGUGAUGCUUCUUGGAAGAUCUCCCUCUGGCCCAAAGAAGUAUUUUCCAAUUCCAGUGGAGCACCUGGAAGAGGAAAUACGGAUAAGAGCAGCUGAUGAUGGGAAGUUAUUUCGGGAGGAAUUUAAUUCACUACCACCUGGAUACAUGCAAGGAACCCUUGAGAAUGCAAAUAAAGAGGAAAACAGAGAAAAAAACAGAUAUCCCAACAUACUACCUUAUGAUCAUUCCAGAGUAACUUUGACGCAGAUAGAUGGAGUUCAAUGUUCAGAUUACAUUAAUGCUUCAUAUAUAGAUGGUUACAAGGAAAAGAAUAAAUUCAUAGCAGCUCAAGGUCCUAAGCAAGACACAUUAAAUGAUUUCUGGAGGAUGGUGUGGGAACAGAAGUCUGCAACUAUUGUCAUGUUGACAAAUGUGAAAGAGAGAAAAGAAGAUAAAUGUUUCCAGUACUGGCCUGAUCAAGGAUGCUGGACUUACGGAAGCAUCCGAGUCUCUGUGGAGGACUGCAUAGUUCUUGUGGAUUACACCAUUCGGAAGUUUUGUAUCCAGUCACAGGUUGCUGAUGGCUGCAAAGCUCCAAGGCUUGUAACACAGCUUCAUUUCACCAGCUGGCCUGAUUUCGGAGUGCCUUUCACACCUAUUGGAAUGCUCAAGUUCCUAAAGAAAGUAAAAACAUUGAAUCCUAUGCAUGCCGGGCCGAUUGUGGUUCACUGUAGUGCUGGCGUGGGUCGGACGGGCACGUUCAUAGUAAUAGAUGCCAUGAUGGACAUGAUGCACGCAGAACAGAAGGUUGACAUUUUUGAGUUUGUAGCAAGAAUUCGCAAUCAGCGCCCACAAAUGGUUCAGACCGAUAUGCAGUAUUCCUUCAUUUAUCAAGCCUUACUUGAAUACUACCUCUAUGGUGACACUGAAUUAGAUGUGUCCUCUUUGGAAAAGCACCUGCAGCCAUCACACAAUGCAACGCCAAACCUAGUCAAAAUUGGUCUAGAAGAAGAGUUUAAAAAAUUAACAAAUGUUAGAAUAAUGAAAGAAAACAUGAGAACCGGCAAUCUGCCAGCAAAUAUGAAGAAAGCCAGAGUUAUCCAAAUCAUCCCAUAUGACUUUAACAGAGUGAUUCUUUCAAUGAAACGAGGUCAGGAGUAUACAGACUAUAUCAAUGCUUCCUUCAUAGAUGGCUAUCGCCAAAAGGAUUACUUCAUUGCAACUCAAGGACCACUUCCUCAUACUGUAGAAGAUUUCUGGCGAAUGGUGUGGGAGUGGAAAUGCCACACAAUUGUUAUGCUUACCGAAGUUUUGGAAAGGGAGCAAGAAAAGUGUUUUCAGUAUUGGCCAUCAGAGGGUUCCGUUACUUAUGGAGCAAUUACUAUAGAGAUAAAGAGUGAUGCACUCGCUGAUGCUAUCAGCAUAAGGGACUUUUUGAUUACACACAGUCAGGAAAAGCAGGGCAGGGUUGUCCGACAGUUUCAUUUCCAUGGAUGGCCUGAAAUUGGAAUUCCCUCUGAAGGCAAAGGAAUGAUUGACCUCAUUGCAGCUGUCCAAAAACAGCAACAGCAGACGGGAAACCAUCCCAUUACGGUGCACUGCAGUGCUGGAGCUGGAAGAACAGGAACGUUCAUAGCACUCAGCAAUAUUCUGGAGCGAGUAAAAGCUGAGGGGCUUUUAGAUGUAUUUCAAGCUGUGAAGAGUUUACGGCUGCAGAGACCACAUAUGGUGCAAACACUGGAACAGUAUGAAUUCUGCUACAAAGUGGUACAAGAUUUCAUUGAUAUAUUUUCUGAUUAUGCUAAUUUCAAGUGAAGAUUCCUGCCUUAUUUUUUAUUUGAUCAUUUGUACAGAGAUUUGUAAAUCAUGUUAAUUUAU